AUGGCCCGUACCCAGACGGCGACUCUACCGGUCAUCACACUGCCCCGCGACAGCGUGCUCUUGCCGGGCGUCGUCCAGCGAGUCGCCGUUUCUUUCAACCGUCCCGACAUCGCUUCCCUGCUCGCCGCUGUCUACACCCGCGCCGCCUCCAAAAUACCCAAUGGCCGUAUCGAUACGGUCCCCAUUGUCUGCAUCCCCCUCGCAUCCCCUCUCCUCAGCCCCAACGGACAGCUCCUGAUCGAAAAUGCCGAGAACCCCGCCGCUGUACCCGACCGCCCCGAUGUCGACCCGGCGAAAGCUACCAAGGCCGACCUCUUUGGCUGGGGCGUUGCGGCAAAAAUAACCGGCGUGGAGGGGCGCGGCACGGGGGAGUUCACACUGUUGGUUGAGGGUGUUACCCGCGUCCGGGUGGAUAAGAUCUACCAUGACAAGGCGUACCUGGAGGGCAAGGUGGUAUAUUUCCAGGAAGAUGGCAAACGUCCGGACGCGACGCUCGAGGAGCUCUUCCAGCAUCUGAAGCUCCUGUCGAGGGAGCUCGUCGCCAUCCUCAGGCUGUCAUCCGUCCUCCCACGUUCAAGCGGCACCCCCGGGCUGUCGCCUUUGCUCGCCCGCCGGCUCGACCUCUUCAUCACGAAGCAGAAGGAGCCGGGCUCCCUUGCCGACUUCAUGGCCAAUAUCGUCGAGAGUUCCUACGAGGAGAAGUUGCAGGUUUUGGCCCUGCUGGACGUCAAGGAGCGCGUUGCCAAAGUUAUCGAGCUGCUCGAUCGCCAAGUCGGCAACAUCAAGAACAGCAUCAAAAUCAUGACAGUAACUACCACGACGCUGCCCUUCGACUCCGAUUCGGGCAAGAAGGAUAACGACGCCGAGUAUGCCAUCACCCGGACAUACCUCGAGACCCUGGCCGAGAUCCCCUGGACGACGACUACGGAUGACCGCCUGGGCCCUCAAACCCUUGCCAGAGCGCGGAAGCAGUUAGACGACGACCACUACGGGCUCGAGAAGUCCAUCAACGAUGAUGUUGAUGCACAGAUCAAGAAGGCCGAGGAGGAAAUUGGUGCGGUCGAGACAGCAAGCAAGGAGAAUACAGAAGCUCCCGCACCUGACCCAAGCGCAGACGAAAGGAUCAAGGCCAACGGCGCCAAGCUGGAGGUCCUGAGAAGCAGGCGCAUGGUCGACAAGUCGCCCAUUCUCUUACUGAUCGGCCCCCCGGGAGUGGGCAAAACUAGUCUGGCGCGGUCCGUAGCCAUUGCGCUGGGGAGGAAAUUCCAUCGCAUCUCGCUAGGUGGGGUCAGGGAUGAAGCAGAGAUCCGGGGCCACCGCCGUACAUAUGUUGCCGCCAUGCCCGGCCUCAUCGUCCAGGGAUUGAAAAAGGUGGGCGUGGCCAAUCCCGUCUUCCUGCUCGACGAGAUCGACAAGGUAGGCGGCUCCAGCGUGCACGGCGACCCGUCAGCAGCAAUGCUGGAGGUGCUUGACCCGGAGCAGAACAACUCAUUUACGGAUCACUACGUCAACAUUCCCAUCGAUCUGAGCAAGGUCAUGUUCAUCGCCACCGCGAACAGUCUUGACACCAUCCCACCACCGCUGCUCGACCGCAUGGAGACCAUCUAUCUCCCCGGCUACACCACGUUGGAGAAGCGCCACAUCGCCAUGCAGCAUCUGGUGCCCAAGCAGAUCCGCGUGAACGGAUUGAGCGAGGACCAAGUCGUUUUCACGGAGGAGGUCGUCUCCAAGAUCAUUGAGUCGUACACCCGCGAAGCAGGUGUCCGCAAUCUCGAACGCGAAAUCUCCUCGGUCCUCCGUGGAAAAGCGGUCGAGUACGCUGAUGCCAAGGAUGCGGGCCACCCUGAGAAGUACAAUCCGCGCCUCAGCGCCGACGACCUGGAGCGGUUCCUCGGCAUAGAAAAGUUCGAAGAGGAGAUUGCCGAGAAGACCAGCCGGCCGGGCAUUGUCACCGGUCUCGUGGCCUACAGCUCCGGCGGCAACGGCAGCAUCCUCUUUAUCGAGGUAGCCGACAUGCCAGGCACCGGUACAGUGCAGCUCACGGGCAAGCUGGGCGACGUCCUCAAGGAGAGCGUCGAGGUGGCUCUGACGUGGGUGAAGGCGCAUGCCUACGAGCUGGGUCUGACGCAGGGCCCGACUGAAAACAUCAUGAAGGACCGCAGCAUUCACGUGCACUGCCCAUCGGGCUCCAUCCCCAAAGACGGGCCCAGCAGCGGCAUUUCGCAAGCUAUCGCGCUCAUCUCCCUGUUCUCUGGGAAAGCCGUACCGCCCACCAUGGCCAUGACCGGCGAAAUCUCGCUACGCGGACGCAUCACCGCCGUCGGAGGAAUCAAGGAGAAGCUGAUUGGCGCCCUGCGCGCCGGCGUCAAGACGGUGCUGCUGCCGGCCCAAAACCGCAAGGACGUCAAGGACCUUCCCCAGGAGGUGAAGGACGGUCUCGAGAUUAUCCAUGUCAGGUACGUUUGUCUGUGUCUAGUUGUUGUCGUUGUUGCUGUUGCUGUCUCACCUCUUCUUUCCCUCUUGUUUCCUUUCCUUACCCCGAAAUUUCUAAAUCAACGCAACGCGACACAACGCGAAGCAAGGGGCAGUGUGCGCUGUGGUCCCGCCUUGGUUGGAGGAACAUGA